AUGAUGAUCAAGGCCUUGAUUUGGAAUAUUAGAUCUGUCAAUACUCAGCAGGCCUUCCCUAGUGUGAUCAAUACGCAAAGAGAGCACAAUUUCUUUGUCAUUGCUUUGAUGGAGCCAUUUCAAAAAAAAGGUUACAUACAAAGGUAUAAGAGAAGAUUAAAUUUGGAGUCUGCCUUUUCAAAUAUGAAUGGGAAGAUAUGGUUAUUUUUUGAUGUUGUGGUGGAGUGGGAAUUGAUUGUGAAAACUGAACAACAUGUGAUUGUCAAAGUAUUUCACCAUGACUUUGGGAAGCGUAUCAUGAUGACUUUUGUGUAUGCAAAGUGUUCAUCUAUAGAGAGAUUGGAGUUGUGGGAUAACCUAUGGUAUCCGGCAAUUGAUAUGGAACUUCCUUGGUUAGUAGUAGGGGACUUUAAUGUGGUGCUACAUAAAGAUGAAAAGAUAGGGGGAUUACCAGUUCAUCCUCUUGAAUAUGAGGAUUUUGCAUUCUGUGUCAAUUCUUGUGGGCUGCUUGAUCAAGGAUAUAAAGGAAGUCAUUUUACAUGGUGGAAUGGAAGACCUAAUACUGAGUGUAUAUUUAAGAAAUUGGAUAGGAUCUUUGUUAAUUUGCCAUUCCAAAAUAUGCUACCUACAAUUGAAGUUGAACAUUUGAUUAGGACAGGCUCAGAACAUGCUCCAUUGCUUAUGACUUGUGGGGAGAAAACUACAAACUUUGUCAAGCCUUUCAGAUUCUUGAAUUUAUGGACAAAACAUGCUUACAUUCAAGGAGGUGGUGAAGCAGAAUUGGGAGGCGGAUUUCAUUGGAGAUCCAUUUCUAAUGUUCAAGCAUAA